AUGGGAGGACACUCGGUUCUAUGUGCUGAUGGUCUCAUCACACCUGAAUCUUCACAUUUGAUGCAAGGUGCUGAGGAUGCAGGAUCCUCAGGGGGGAGUUCUUACUCUCACAGAGUUGUUCCGUCAAUCUCUGGUGAGGAAGAAGAAGAACCAGAAGCUGGAUUUGAAGAAGAGCCAUUAGUUCAAACUGUGGAAUGCCGAAUUGAAAAUUUGAAGAUUCCUUGUAGUUGUAGUGGUAGCUUGAAGCCACUGAAUAUUGAUAUCAGUGGUGCUUGUGCAUGGAGAUAUAAUUUGCGAGAUCUGUCAUCAACCCUACCACCUGGAUAUACUGCUCCACCACUGCCUCCUCCCUCUGAAGAAACUGUCAUUGACAUCAGUGGUGGCUGGACAGUGGCUGGCACUCAGCUCAAUUUAAAUGACCCUCGACUUCUUUCGAUGGCUAUCACAGAACGCCAUCUUCAAGAGGCUAACCAUGACGAAUAUGUUGAUGCAAGUGCUAGUGGAGCUGCAUUUUGUCGUUCCGCUGCUUUGUUUUUAAUGGCCCUCCUCUUACUGAGGCAUGCUUUUGAAAAUGGCGAAGGUGAUGACGAGGAUGUUUCCGCUUUUUUCUCUCUCUUUUUGCUCCGUGCUGCUGGUUUUCUUUUACCUUGCUUCAUCAUGGCUUGGGGUAUCAGUAUAUUGCAGCGUCGAAGACAAAGACAGGAUAGAGGUUUUGCUGGUUUUCAUAAAUUCUCAGAAGGCUAUUAACAUGUGUAUCUUCAUUCUUGCAAUUCUAGUGAUAUAUGUUUAUGCAUAAUGCAAAAGGCUUGUGCAAAAUGAUGUGUGUGUUUGAAUAAUAUUUAUACAUUAAUGCCUUGCGAAGCGCUGGGCCCAUGCAUUUGUAAUUUAAAAACUAGUCUAAAGUUGGAGUAGUUAUCGCUUA